AUGCAGACUCUGAAACUCAGAAGAGGAGUGACAGCAGAAAGGAGUUUAUUGCAAAAACAGACCAAGAAGAGUAUAGCAGUGAAGAGCUGGGGACAGGCCGGGCAGGGACCAGAGGGGCCUGAGGACAAUGGUGUGCAGGGCCAUGCGGGCCUCCAUGUCAUAGUUAACAGUACCCUGACUGCUGUGAGGUACCAGGAUGAAAUCCUCAUGGUGACUGUCAGACGUUACGCUGGUGCAGUGGGCCCUGGGUUCCUCCUGGUGCAGGACAAUGCCUGGCCUCAUGUGGUCAGAGCAUGUAGGCAGUUCCUGGAUGGCAAAGGCAUUGUUGCCAUUGACUGCUCUUCAUAUUCCCCUGACCUAAAUCCACUGAACACCAAUGGGGCAUUAUGUAUCGUGCAUCUGACCAGGCACCACCAGGUGCCUCCACAGACUGUCCAAGAGCUCACUGAUACCCUGAUACAAGUCUGGGAGGAGAUCCCCCAGAACAACAUAUGCGAACUCAUCAGGACCAUGCCCAGAUGUUGUCGGGAGUGCAUACAUGUUAUCAGCCCUAUAGUAAUAAGCAUAUUAUUAGGCCUUUUCUAUGGAUGCUAUUCGAUAGUUAUAACAUGUGGAAAUCUUCUUGUAAUAAUUUCCAUCAUUUACUUCAAACAGCUCCACACUCCUACAAAUUACCUCGUCCUCUCUCUAGCUGUGGCCGACCUGCUUGUUGGGAUUUUAAUCUGUCCUUUUAGCAUGGCACAAACUGCCGAACCUGAAUCCUCCUGUUGGUAUUAUGAAAGUUUACUUUGCAAAAUAAGAAGCAGCUUUGAUAUAGCGCUGAACAACUCUUCAAUUUUUCACCUGUGCUGUAUUUCUGUUGACAGAUAUUAUGCAGUGUGUCGACCUCUGAGAUACAGAACAAAAAUAAAUGAUCAUGUUGCUACCAUCAUGAUCUUGGUGAGCUGGAGUGUUUCUGUCAUAAUUGCAGUUGGUGUAAUGAUUGCAGGUUUCAGCAAGAAAAAAUGUGUUGACAGUUGUCCAUUUCAUGUCAAAAUAACACCCACUUUUGUGUGCAUUGGAUCUUUUUAUCUCCCAGCAAGUAUCAUGCUCUGUAUCUACUUGAAGAUUUUGCAGGUGGCACAAAAACAGGCCCACAGAAUCCAGAACACAGCAUCUGGAGCAACUGUCAGUAAGGUGGAGAGAAAGGCCACUAAAACUCUGGCUACGGUGAUGGGAGUGUUUCUGGUGUGUUGGACUCCUUUUUUUCUUUGCCUCACCUUUCAGCCUGUGAGUAACUAUGCAAUUCCUGUUUUUGUCAUUGAAGCAUUUAGUUGGCUUGGAAGGUCAAACUCCAUGCUAAACCCAUUUGUCUACGCAUUCUUUUACAACUGGUUCAGGGUAGCAUUCAGAAUGAUCAUUUCUGGAAAAAUAUACCAAGGUGAUUUUGGAAACUUAAAGCUUCAUUAA